AUGCGGUUCAAGUGCGUUUCGAAAUGGUGGCACGAUCUCAUCACCAGUCCCAGGUUCGUAGCCAAGCACCUCUCCAUUGCCAAACAAAACGGACCCUCAACUUGUAUUCUUUUCAAGCGUUUAGUCUGCAAGGACGCAGAAACCGAAAAGCCUGGUAUCAUCUUCUCAUUCCUCAAUUUUACCUAUGAAAGUGAUAAUGACGGUGGUGGUGAGCUUAGCACUAAUCUUUCUAGUGUGGAAGACCUUACUAUCCUCAACAGGUUAGUCGAAUCACUGAGUAUUAUAGGCCAUUGUGAUGGGAUUGUUUGUUUAGCUUUAUUUGAUACUAAUUCUCCGGCGCCAGCUAAAGCUAGUGAAGUGUGUCUGUGGAAUCCUGCAAUUCAGGAAUUUAAGUUUCUUCCUGAGGAGCCAUUCCUUCAUGAUUGGUCUAAGGUACCCCCCAGCAGUAUUGAAGAAAAUCCUUACCUGCGUCCAAUAUGUCACUUUUCCGAAUCCAUGGGGUUUGGCUAUGAUGCUAGAUCUAAAGAUUACAAAGUUAUUGACAUUGGAUUUUCAGGUUCCAAAUAUUAUGGUGAUCCAGAAUAUUAUGGUGGACAUGUGAUUGUGUAUCCUCCAAAAGCUGUAGUAUACAGCCUCCGAUCUGAUUCUUGGAGAGAAAUCAAGACUUUGUCUUUGGAAAGGGAAACUAGUUACCUUUGGCCUAAUAUUUUCCAGCUAUACUUCAAGGGUAUGUUUUAUUGGUCGGGAUAUGAGACACAAAAGGAAUUCGUCACUGUCUUUGAGACUCAACAAGAUGAGAACGAACGCAUUGGGCAAGCGAUCAUUUCGUUUGAUACAAGUGAUGAGGUUUUUCAUGAAGUUUUGUUACCCUAUGAACUACUGGAAGUUAAUGGUCCUGUCCCUAGAUUGCAUCUUACAGUGUGGAAUGAGUCUGUUGCUCUUUUCGGCUCGAAUCUUGGCUCGAUUACUGUGGAAUGGCACAAAGCCAAAGCUACAAUGUGGGUGAUGAAUGAUUGUGCCAAUACUAAAGCUGCUUGGACAAAACACUUGACCUUUGAAUAUGAAGAGUUCUUUCCUGACCGCUUUCCUCGAAGGGUAUUGGCAUUUUGGAAGAGCAACGAAAUUCUUGGGGUUGGAGAAAAUGGAAUUCUUGUCUGCUAUAACCUCAUAACCAAAACGGUCAGUGUUGUUCCGAUCAUGAAUCAUGUAAGGCGUCACAUUUGA